CUCCAGGCCGAACCGCCGCACGGGCACCUGGGAGUCAUUCGCGGGUUGACCCAAAGCUUUCUGGGAGUCGUAAUUAUCUUACCUGCUUCCGCGUUUUCUCUGAGCCUGGACCGUCCGGCGCGGGCUCUACUCAGGAGAAGCCAACCCUCCCGCCUCGCCAGGACCCCGCGAUGCCCGCCCCGCAGUGCGCCUCCUGCCACAAGGCGCGAGCCGCCCUCCGCCGUCCGCGCUCGGGCCAGGCGCUGUGCACCACCUGCUUCUGUGCCGCCUUCGAGGCCGAAGUGCUGCACACGGUGGUCGCGGGCCGCCUGCUGCCGCCCGGCGCCGUGGUGGCCGUGGGCGCCUCGGGCGGCAAGGACUCCACUGUGCUGGCGCACGUGCUGCGCGAGCUGGCCCCGCGCCUGGGCAUCUCGCUGCACCUCGUGGCCGUGGACGAGGGCAUCGGCGGCUACCGGGACGCGGCGCUGGCGGCCGUGCGGCGGCAAGCAGCACGCUGGGAGCUCCCGCUCACCGUCGUGGCCUACGCAGAGCUCUUCGGGGGCUGGACGAUGGACGCCGUGGCCCGCAGCACGGCCGGCUCCGGCCGCAGCCGCUCCUGUUGCACCUUCUGCGGGGUGCUGCGACGCCGGGCGCUAGAGGAAGGGGCGCGCCGCGUGGGAGCCACGCACGUCGUGACGGGACACAACGCCGACGACAUGGCGGAGACGGUGCUCAUGAACUUCCUGCGGGGCGACGCGGGCCGGCUGGCGCGCGGCGGGGGCCUGGGCUCUCCGGGCGAGGGGGGCGCCCUGCCGCGCUGCCGCCCGCUGCAGCUGGCCUCGCAGAAGGAGGUGGUGCUGUACGCGCACUUCCGCCGCCUGGACUACUUCUCCGAGGAGUGCGUGUACGCGCCCGAGGCCUUCCGUGGCCACGCGCGCGACCUGCUCAAGCUGCUGGAGGCGGCGCGGCCGUCGGCGGUGCUGGACCUCGUGCACUCGGCCGAGCGCCUGGCGCUGGCCCCGGCCGCGCGGCCCCCGCCCCCCGGCGCCUGCUCCCGCUGCGGGGCGCUGGCCAGCCGCGCGCUCUGCCAGGCCUGCGCCCUCCUGGAAGGCCUGAACCGCGGCCGGCCCCGCCUGGCCAUCGGCAAGGGCCGCCGGGGGCUGGACGAGGAGGGGUCGCCGCGGGAGCCACAGCCGUCCGGACCCCCGACUUCGGAGCCCAUCCCCGGCUUCUAGAGACUCCAGUUCUCCGCUGGGAUCCGACGAUGUGGGAGUGCGGGGCCGCCUGUAAAUGACACUGUGAAGGAACCCGAGUUACCUUAGCCCGGGCUUCGGUGUGAGGUUGGGAAGGGGUCGGAACCCCUUACCUGUGGUCCUGCAGAAGCUGGGGCUCUGGGCUCCUGGGGCUGCGGAGGACUCCUGGGUGUCUGGGGGACCCCUGGGCCUCAGAGAGGAGAGAACUGUACAACUUUGCAUUCCUGAGCUAGUGGGAAUUAGGGGACCUCUUGCCUGUACCUCUGUGGGGCCCUGGGCGUGCUCAGAUAGUCCUAACCCUUCUUGAGCGCCUACUGUGUGCCUCAUGUUUCAUGUUUGCCUGCAGUGGGAUAAGCAAAACCAUGUAACGUGAUGGGCACGUCAGUUACAGCAAUCGUGAUGCUUCCGUGUGAGCGCUGUACACAGGGCAGGCCGUCUCAUUUCAUCCCCAGCAUGAUCUCAUUGGCUGUAGCCUUGUUACCGAGGCCAAGCUCGCUCUGCUCCCCGCACCACAGGCCAAUAAAUCGGAGAGGAAGUGUUGAGGCAAGGAAUACGACUUUAUUCGGGGUUUGGUUGCCAGUUUCUUUUACAGCACAGAGAGGGCGAGAAGAUGAGGAAAUAAAGUAAAAAGGCCAUAAGUUUUGCAAAUAUCUCCUGGAAUGGCCAGCCUCGGGGAGGGGGUGUGUUAAUUUCUUCUAUCUUGCAGCCAUUCACAGGUGGACAGGGUCCGGAUGUUUCCCUGAACAAAGGCACUUUGGUUUAACAUUCCGGCAGAGGGGCAGGGUUCCCCGAGGCAGGCCAUUAUGUAUAGAUAGUAUCCUUUCAGUGAACAAAAGGGGCGGAAAGCAAAGGUUAAAGUAAAAGAAACAGAUCCCACACGUAGUCAGGAUUGACUCUUCCCUGUUACAGCCUGAGGCCAACUAGCCUGAGGUCACCUCGCUGGAGCCCCAACUAGGGGUUUACACCCAGGGCUGCCUAGGGCUCCUCAAGACAGUGGAUUUAGUCCUUACCCCCAAUCUCUGUGUGAUGGGUGGGGAGCCGCUGGGUGAGCUCCCCAGACCUCAGAUUCUAGAGGCAAAGCUGGGUGAGCCUGGGUCAGUGACUUAACCUCUCUGGUCUUCCAUUUCCUCCACUGAAAAUGGAAUCAAAGCCUCCUAGCGAAACACUGUUGUGAGUAUUUGGUAAUGGUGUCCGACUUGGUUGUUCGUAUUAAAGUUUGGCCACCAGGGGGCUCUGGGUUGCAGGGUUGCCUCCCUGCCAGUCCAGACAGGUGUGAGGCUCAGAAACCUCUUGCCUGACCCCUGGGGAGACUUGGUGUCCUCGGUCCCACCUCCGAGCUUUGCUGGGCUGGUCCCUUGUCAGGAGUGCCCUCCUUUCCCAUCUUCUGGCUCACAUCCUCCAGGGGACUCCCAGAAGCCUCCCUGAUUCCUCCCAUCUAGGUGAGGCUGUCUCCUUCCCAGAACCAGCAGCCAUGAAGUGGAUCUGAGUCCACCUGAGCAUUUUGUGGUGGAGAAGGUGCAAGGAUGCAGAGCUUCUGCAUCUUCACGACCAUAAGGUGUGUGUUGGGGGGAGGGUGACUCAGAGACACCCCUUGCCAGUUGUUGGGUGCCCUACCCCGUCAGGAUUCUCUUGUGCCCAGAUUCCAGGGUCCCCAGGAUAUAGAUGUCAGGUGUCUGGGUCAACACUGGGGCGGGACAGAGAGAACAGGAGCUCAGAAAAGUAUGACACUGGGAUGAACCUCACGCCAUCUCCCAGUGUCCUGCUUGCCCCCAUCCUGGCAUCUCUGUUGCUCACAGAGCAGUCAUAGGAGGAGGUUCUCAAAGAGAUGGAAAAGGCCCAAGGUCCUUGAUCGUCCCUUGCAGCUUUUGACCUGGUCUGUUUGUGGGCAUAGGAGGAUCGUGGUCUAUGUUGGCCCCUUCCAUAAAUCAGAAGAUGUAGACUCUUUUAGAGUAAACCUAGAAAUUUCAGGAUGAGAGAUGGUCAGAGCAUGAAGAAGCACUUUGUCCUACACAGUGUCCCCAAUCCUUAUACCUGCAGCUCCUACCCUUUGUGCUUCUCCAAGUUGUACCCCAAAGUGGAGACCAAGGACCCUGCAUAGAGUCACGUGUUGCAGACCACUUACCCUGCACACUCACAGCCAGGGAAGUGGCAGCAGCUUGGACUUGGAUGGGGCAAAUCUGGGAUGACUGACACCACCAGAUCAGUUCUUUCUAUCUGGAGAUCAAGGGCAGCUUCAGAAGCAGCAGUCAUCCAGAGACUCUUUCUGGACUGGACUGCCACCACUCUUCCCUCUUUCAGGAGCUCCCCCUCUCCCCAGUGAUGACCAGGGAAGUAAAGGCUGAGCUCUUCUCAUCCCAGGUCUGAUGAUAACCUGUCAAGGUGGUUCCUUCCAUCCAACUCUCCACUCAUGUUGCCUCCCCCAAGUGUCCAUCUCCAUCCCCUUCAGAAAAUGGAUGGACUGUGGUCUCUCGCUGCUCUCCUCAAAUUCUCUCAGAGCAGGGGAGUGUGGGGGGCACAGGACCUACCUGAAACAGAAUCUUCUCAGUCCUGGCUCUUAGCCCAGGCCUGAUCACACAAGAAGCUUCAACAAGGGAUGGCUGACCUCAAACUCACCUGCAAGGGGCUCCUUCUGGUCAGAGGCUGAAACAGAGCUGGGGUCCUGGGUCCAGACCCAGAACUGGGCGUGAUGUGCAGGUUUCUGGUGUCAAUUUCAGUUUAGAAAGCCACUGGAUUUGCAUGUGGCUCUCAGUCCAUUCCCAGGUUUCCCAUGAGCCCUGCACUCACACCUGCAGAAUGAGUUCUAACUUCUGUACAAGCCCUCCAGCCUCAGAAAGUCUGCCCUCCUUAUGGUAUCUAUCGAAGCUUCCUCUCCUUACCACACUAUUACUUUUUCCAGACCUCGCCUGGCUUCCUCUACACUUCAUGAUAACUCUCUCCAUGCUGUGUUCCACUGAGGCCACAAGAUCCUUUCCCCAAUCUGAAAAUUUACCGUUCAUGGAGAAUAAGGAAAACUUAGAAUUUAUUUCUGUGACCCAUCAGCUAAACCAGACUUCUGAUUCCUUUAUUUGAGCUGAAUCAGGACGUGGCAGAGCACCAGGCUUAGAAAAUGGUCAUAAACCACGUUCUCCGUCAUCCAGAGUUCCAUGACAGUAUGAGAAAGGGAUUAAAAACAAGAACAAACUAGCAACCUACUGGAAAGUGAGGGGAGAAAGGGGAGGAAUCUGACACAGGGAAGAUUUUCUGCAGGGGGUAGAGUCAGCCCCGAGGGGCAAAGAACUGUGAGAAAUGCAUUGUGUCUCUGAAGCUAAGUCCCCUCUUCCCUAGGAUGAGGAGGUUUUCAGGGGAGACUGAGGAGUUGGCUGUCCCCUGAUGAGCACCUCUGUCCUGAGGGACAGAAUGUCACGACUCCCAUUCCUCCAGCCCUCUUUCCUCUGCAAUUGAGACAGGUCAGGGAUCUGCCCCCAGGGGGCACUCCAACCACCCUGCCAGACCCCGGGGAGGUCCUAGCUGAACGGUUGACGCUGUCCAUGGUUCUGGAUCAUAGCUGGGCACCGAGUUCAGGAAAACCCCAACUCCGUCAAGGACCCCAGUCCACAGACACAACAAGGUCCUGAGCCUCAGGCCAGCAGGGCACCUAAGUCGGAGGGGCUUCGGAAGGCUUUCUUUUUUAAUUAAUGUUGUCAUAGUAUCUAAUUUUGUCUGCUUUUACAUUUGACCUUCUCUAUCCUUAUAAUUUAGACGCAUAUAUUGUAAAGAGCAUAUACUUGGAAUAAGAAUCCAGGCUGACGCUCUGUUUUUAACGGAAGCAUUUAUCCAGUAUCGUCAAUGUAGGUACCCCACGUUACAUUUUAUCUUCUAUAUGUGCCACCAAUUUCACAUUAUUUUAUCUCUCCAUUCUUGUCUUCUUUUGAUUUACUACGUUCUUAUAGGAUACUUUUAAAGACUUCUAGUGUGUAAGUCAUACAUUCUGAUUCUAUUCUUGUCGUCAUUACCAUAAAAUUCCUGCAUGCAUAAUUAACCUACUAAAGUAAAUGAAAACCUCUAUCUCCUCCUGGAUAAUCUGCAGAUAUUAGGAAAUGUAAAGUCCACUUGCCUCCCCCCUCCCCCAGCUUUGGACUUAGCUGUUGUUAUUGUCAGGAAAUCUUUUUAAGUUUUUGGUCGCACCCCACAGCAUGUGGGGUCUUAGUUCCCUGACCAGGGAUUGAACCCAUGCCCCCUGCAUUGGCAGGCAGAGUCUUAACCACUGGACCUCUGGGGAAAUCCCUACUGUCAGGAAUUUUUAAACUAUCUUCUAUUGUUAUUCUACCGGUAGAGAACCUCUCGUGUAUUUGUUCUAAAUUGUACUGCUUCCUCAUUUUUGAAUCAUCUUUACAGAGUAUAGGUUAUAAAAUUAUAUUUCAAGACAGUAUUUGCUUUCUUCUGCUCUCCAUGGUGCUACUUGAUAAGUAAGUCAAACUGCUCUUCUUUGGAAGGUAAUUGGUCUUUUUUAUAUAUAAAUUUAUUUAUUUAAUUUA